GACAGAAACCCUUGUUUUUAGUGGACAUGUUGCUAUCAGUUGUAACAAAUCAAGUCGCUAUCCAGCUAGCUAGUUAAAGAAAAAAAAAACUAAUUUCUACGGUAUGUAGUCUCCCUUAUUUACCGAAAAGUUUUCUCGGAGAACAUUUUUUUUCAACCAUAUAAAGGACAAAAGACAAAACACUCACGUUAUCCCCAGCACUGAAGUCUGCCAAUUUGGGUCAGAACCCACUUAUGAAUCUGAUCUGGUGUGUUCAGGUGUCCUGAGACAGGGGGCGCUGUUUCUAAAAUGAGUUCCUCAGAGGAGACCGAGACUGACAAUGGAACCCACGGCCUUGCGAGAAAGAGGCUCCAGGUAGAUAGGGCUGGGUCACCUGUACCCAGCUGUCUGUCUAUGAAGAGUGACCGUUCAAUGGAUCAUCCAAUCGACCUCAGAGGAGAGUUCACUGGUGAUCAAAGGCUCCAGGUAGAUAGGGCUGGGUCACCUGUACCCAGCUGUCUGUCUAUGAUGAGUGACCGUUCAAUGGAUCAUCCAAUCGACCUCAGAGGAGAGUUCACAGGUGAUCAAAGGAUUCACUGCUCACUGGAUUUAUGUCGUUCAGAUGAGUGGAGUUCAGAGAUACUGUUCUCCACAAAACAGGGCUCUCCGGUCCAGAGAGGAGCAGUUCCCGUACCAGACGGUGAUGUUCCCCAGCAGGAUUCUCUCAGUGGUUGCAGAGUAGAAGGUUUUCAGGAUCUUCUUGGAGACUCUGAACUUCCUCAGCUGUCUGAGUCUCUCCUGCGCACUCUGAUGAAGCUGAAGAAGACUGAAAAGUUGAAACUGUUUCAGAGCCAUCUGAGUCAGGGUUGCCCAGAAUGCUUUUAUAGUAGAAGAACAGAAGAUCCUUCUGUACUGGAUAUGUUUAUGAAGAUGAAGGAAUUGUUCAAGAGUCAUCAAAUUGCUGAUUACCCAGAAUGCACUGAGAGAGAGCAGGAGGAUCCUGAAGCCCUGUACAUAGUUGAGAAGAUGCUGGAGACCUGUGGCAUUGAGGGGUCUCUGAAGAUCACACUCCAUAUCCUGAGGAACAUGAAGAAGAAGGAUGUCACUGACCCACUGGAGAGAGAUGAGCAGCACAAUGAAUUCAAAGAAAAUGCCCAGCAGGCACUGCAAACUCAUCUGAAGAAGAGGUUUGAAUGUAUAUUUGAAGGUUUAGCAAAGCAGGGCCACCUGACCCUCCUCAAUGAGAUCUAUACAGAGCUCUACAUCACAGAGGGGGGAAGUAGGGGGGUCAAUGAUGAACAUGAGAUCAGACAGAUUGAGAUAGCAUCGAAGAGACAAACCACACAUGAGACUGCAAUCAUCUGCAAUGACAUCUUUAAGCCUUCACCUGGACAAGAGAAACCAAUCAGAACUGUGCUUACAAAGGGCAUUGCUGGCAUUGGGAAAACAGUCUCUGUGCAGAAGUUCAUUCUGGACUGGGCAGAUGGAAAAGCCAAUCAGGACAUUGAUUUCAUCUUCACUCUUCCUUUCCGAGAUCUGAAUCUGAAAAAGGAGAGAGAAUUUAGUCUCAUGGAACUUCUGCAGCAAUACUUUCCACAACUGAAAGAGAUCAAAAGUUUUGAAGAUGAUGAAGUCAAAGUUGUGUUCAUCUUUGAUGGUCUGGAUGAGUGUCGACUUCCUCUAAAUUUCCAAAGCAAUGAGAUUUGCUGUGAUAUAACAGAGUCAUCAUCAGUGGAUGUGCUGCUGACCAACCUCAUUAAGGGGAAUCUGCUUCCCUCUGCCCUCCUCUGGAUCACCUCCCGACCAGCAGCAGCCAAUCAGAUCCCUCCUGAGUGCGUCCACCAGGUGACAGAGGUACGAGGAUUCAAUGACCCACAGAAGGAGGAGUACUUCAGGAAGAGAAUCAGAGAUCAGAACAAGGCCAGCAAAAUUAUCUCACACAUAAAGUCAUCCAGGAGUCUCUACAUCAUGUGUCACAUACCAGUCUUCUGCUGGAUUUCUGCUACUGUUCUGGAGACAAUGUUGGAUAAAGUGAGUGGAGACCUGCCCAAAACUCUGACUGAAAUGUACACACACUUCCUGCUCAUUCAGACUAAUGUGAAGAAUGAGAAGUAUCAUGGCACCAAUGAGACAACCCCAAAGAAAAUGUCAGCAUCAAAUACAGAAAUCAUCCUGAAACUGGGGCAGCUGGCUUUACUACAGCUGGAAAGGGGCAAUCUGAUAUUCUAUGAAGAGGACCUGAGAGAGAUGGGCAUUGAUGUCAGUGAAGCUUCAGUGUACUCUGGGGUGUGCACAGAGAUCUUUAAAGAGGAGUGUGGGUUGGGUGAAGAGAAGGUCUACUGCUUUGUGCAUCUGAGCAUUCAGGAGUAUCUGGCUGCCUUGUUUGUGUUUCAUUCAUGUGUGAAUGAGAACAGAAAUGUACUCAGAGCAGAAGAAUCAAAACCUCGCAGUGACGGAGUGCAACUGUCUGAGUUACACAGGAGUGCAGUGGAUCAGGCCUUGCAGAGUAAGAAUGGACACCUGGACCUUUUCCUCAGAUUCCUUCUAGGCCUCUCUCUGGACUCCAUUCAGACUAUAUUAGGAAUACUGACAAAGACAGGAAGCAGAUCAGAGAGCAUUAAGGGAACAGUCCAGUACAUUAGGACAAAGAUCGAAUAUGAAUCUUCAGCAGAAAGGAUCAUCAAUCUGUUCCACUGUCUCAAUGAACUGAAUGACAACUCUCUAGUGGAGGAAAUCAAGAAUUUCCAGAGAUCAGGAAAACUCUCUAAUGAAAAGCUGGAACCACACCAAUGUUCAGCCCUGGCCUUUGUGUUACUGAUGUCAGAGGAGAUCCUAGAUGAGUUUGACUUAAUGAACUACAACGCAUCAGCAGCAGGUUAUCAGAGACUGCUACCAGUACUCAGGAACUGCAGGAAGGCCAUACUGAACAGGUGUGACCUCACAGAGAAGUCCUGUGAAAUUGUGGCCUCUGCUCUUCAGUCAUCAAACUCACCCCUGAGAGAUCUGGACCUCAGCAACAAUAACCUGGGAGAUUCAGGAGUGAAGCUGCUCUGUGCUGGACUGAUGAGUCCAAACUGUAAACUACAGAGACUGGACCUCAGCCACAAUAACCUGGGAGAUUCAGGAGUGAAGCUGCUCUGUGCUGCACUGAUGAGUCCAGACUGUAAACUACAGAGACUGGACCUCAGCCACAAUAACCUGGGAGAUUCAGGAGUGAAGCUGCUCUGUGCUGGACUGAUGAGUCCAGACUGUAAACUACAGAGACUGGGGUGAGUAGU